CCCAGUACAGCCCCAUCAUAUUGCGAUUCAUAUAAAAUACGUCCCAAUCAAUUAAUUAAAUAUACGUCAAUAAUUGAACAAUAAGCCAGCGUCCAUUUCGUUUUCCGCGAUGGAUCGUUGCUCGCUGUCUCUGCGUCUCGCUAUUACCUUAUAGAUCCAACGAUCACCAAGGAAACUAAAUGUUGGCUACACAUGGUACUCCUUAUCGUUGACACUCUUUCGUCGCGUACGGAGAAGCUUUUAUAUAAAUCUUACGCCUUACUGCCGUUUCUAAUGAAUUUAACGCGAUAAUUUCGCCGCGAAUUGAUAGAAUUUUUAUCGGUAUGCAGCAAACGUCGACGUUACCUUGUCUUCCAGGUUUUAACUUUGACAAGAACCUCGGUAGAACCAAAUUUCACAGAAGCCAGCACUUCACCAAGAUACACGAUGGAGUUUAUUACUUAUCCGAGAAGGCGGACACGACCGCUCGCAGCCGUUACCCGUCCAUGUAUCCCCCCGGGGAGGUGCAAGAAAUUCCUUCGUGGCUCGCGUAUGACGGCCAAAGACUCAUGUUCAAAGCGUAUUUCCAAGAAGUCGUGCAAGACAAAUGGAAGGUGAUCCAUCAGGUCCGUUUGGUGAAAAUCAGUUUUUUCCUAGAGGACGGGACGAUGAAAAUCGUGGAGCCGGCAGUGGACAAUAGUGGACUUGAGCAAGGAGUCUUGGUCAGACGUCAGAGGAUACCGAUACCCGAUCCAGUGAAGUACAGAUACUACGACGUGCUCGACUUGAAUAUUGGCAAAGAGCCCGAGAUCUACGGGCGCGUGUACAAAAUCAUAGACUGCGAUAAGUUUACGAGGCAAUUUCUUAAUCGCAUGGGGAUCCCGGUGCCCGACCCCAUCGAUCCACCGAAGGAUCUUGUUCCCGAAACUCAAAAAUUUGAGGUCUUCCCGAAGAAGCCCAGUCGCCCGACAGACACCCUCGGUAGCUUUUUAAAGUACGACAGACAGGUGCUGCGAUUUUACGGCUACUGGGACGACACCGAGAACCUCCACGGGAUCGUCCAUGAUCUCGAGCUGCAUUAUUAUCUCGCUGAUAACACGAUGGACGUCAAGGAGAACGUGGGACAGAACGCGGGCCGUGAUUCGGGGCCUAUGCUCGUCAAGAGGAUGAAAAUACCGAAAUUUUUCACUGAACUGCAACCGUUCGGCGCGGAGGAACCUUUCACGGUUCUGAAUGUCUUGGGCGAAAAUGGAGCGCGGAGCUAUUACAUAGCGGAUCCUUUGGAGACCGGUAGGAUGCCACGCGGUUAUUACAAAGAUAAGGAAUUGUAUAUCGGGGCAGAGAUCGACGUUUUCGGCAGGAAGGUCGUCAUUACCGACAUGGACGCCUUCACGAAGGAGUAUUACCGGACGAAAUACGGUUUAAACGAUUUUACGCCUUUGCUGCGACCUGGAAGAGACGGUGAAUUUCGUCAGAAUGUCGAGAAAUAUGUACCACCUUACAACGGCUUCGGGUCCUACGAGGACUCUCUCGGAAAUUGCUUCAUGAUGAUACCGAAAGCACCCAGGUCGGAUUUCAUCAAGUUUAUUCAUCACGACAAGCAAGGUUUCAACAGCCACGUUUUGAGAUUCCGGGCGAGAAUGAUAUCGAAGAUUCCGGCUAACGAAGAGAGACAAUUUAUCAUAAGAGUGUUCCUCGUGGACGAUACGAUAUCCAUUUUCGAAUUGGCUAAACGAAACUCAGGCUUUCUCAGGUCUCCGUUCCAAAAGCGAAUGCCGGUAAUGCUGCCAGGUCAAGAUAUCCUCACGAGCAAGAAACCGGAAUAUUACAAACCGCAAGAUUUUUAUGUAGGCGCGUGCGUAAACUUGUCCAACUUUCAUUUCAAAAUUACGUCCGCGGAUAUUUACGCCCUCCGUUACAUGGAAUUACACUGCGACAAGUUCCUCAGAGCGAAUCGAAAACUGAUAAUGGAGAAACUGAAAGGGGCUUUAGAGCCGGUCUACGACGAAUUCAUUCAGACGUACGCCCUGCCUAAAGAUACGAAGGACGACGCUCGAGUGUUGGAAUACAGCAAGUUUAAGGAAGCGAUGAGCCAAUUUAUGGGUGACAAGAUAACGGAACACGAAAUGAUCACGAUUGCACGGUAUUAUUCGUCCCGCGAGAGGAUAGAACAUCGAACGAGAGAAUACGUGAGAAAUUUGCUGCACACGGAACUGGAGCGGUUCCUGUGGAACGAUCUCGAUCGCUUGCGAGAGAAUUUACAUCACUGGGACAGAGACAGAACAGGGUACCUGCGGCGCGAAUCCUUGUACACGAUCCUGCGCGGCUGCAGGAUUCCCGUCGACGUGGAAUUAUUGAAUUCGAUGUUGGACCAUUUACGCAAAGCUGAAGACAGCAAGCUCGAUUACAACGACCUGCUGCAAUUCAUGAACGUGAAGGUCAAUCCUCUACCGCUAAUCGCGCCCGUAAAUAUAAAGACGGCGCUUUGGUGGGCGUCCGAGAAGGAGCCGGACUGCGGAGCUGGAAUAAACUGGUGCGAGUUCGUAAAGGACCUGGACAUAACGGCCGAAGCGAACGCGACGGAGCGGGGCGAAAACGUGGAAGCGCAGCUCGCGCCGAAGGAGAAGUGAAACGCGUCAGCGGUCGUCACGAACGUAUCUCGCGAUUCCCAUGGCGUCCAAUAAUUUUCUCAUGCUUCGUCGCUCGCACACUAGUCGACCUGCAACCGGCCGCGUCGCAUCCUCAAUUGCACUCGUACGUCUUUACGAUCCUCCGGCACGUCUUGCACUUCACAUAGCAGCAGCUGAAGUACUUGCAGUCGCACCG